AUAAAAAGGAGAGAGAGGCCAGGUGCUGUGGCUCACGGCUAUAAUCCCAGCACUUUGGGAGGCCAAGGCAGGCUGAUCAUGAGGUCAAGAGAUCGAGACCAUCCUGGCCAACAUAGUGAAACCCCGUCUCUCCUAAAAAUACAAAAAUUAGCUGGGCAUGGUGGCGCACACCUGUAGUCCCAGCUACUCGGGAGGCUGAAGCAGGAGAAUCGCUUGAACCCGAGAGACAGAGGUUGCAGUGAGCAGAGAUCACACCACUGCACUCCAGCCUGGCGACAGAGUGAGACUCCGUCUCAAAAAAAAAAAAAAAGAGAGAGAGAGAACAACAACAGAAGGAAUGGACAUUAGCCCAGCUAAAGAGUGCAAUGGGGGUCACAGAAUAUCUGUGAGUGAGCUCCCCGUCACUAGAGGGAUCCAAGCAGAAGUGGGGAAUGUGGGCUUCUUGGUCCAUCAGCAACUUGGCAAAAACCUGGCUCCCUCCCUUGGGGCUGAACUGCCCUGUUUGGGGAUUGACUCUCAGACUUGGACUCUCAGACUUGGCUGGGCUGCAAAGAAAACAAGACUCUGUGAUUAAGGGAUUUUGCACAGAGGAGGAGGAGGGUGGAGACAGCAGGGUGGGGGAAGAGGGUUUGGCACAGGGUGGUGGCCCAAAGUGGUGUCUGCGGCAGGCUGGCCUGGGGCAGAUGCUGGAGAGACUCAGACCUGCGGGGCGGGCUGGCUUGGAGCCUUGAAAGAAUCUGAAUAGAGGACGGGGUCGGAAACACAGGGUGGAGGAGAGGCCUGGGAGGUGGGAGUGAAUAGUGCUACCCAGUGCAGAGAAUCCAAAGAUGGCCCAAGACAGUGGGUGCGUGGGUAGGCAUAUGAAAGUCUGCAGGACUGGAAUACUAGCCUUAGCUUUAAAAAUUUGGCUUGAAUGGUGCUACCCAUUUCAGAGAAUCCAAAGACAGGGCCCAGGACAGUAGAUGCAUGGGUGGGAGCCUUAGCUCUAAUCUGACUUGAAAAUUCACACUGACCAGCCCAGCCUUCAAGUGCCUCUGAUGCCAGCCUCCCCUUGCUCUCCUGCACCCACCCUGUCUGGGCUCAUGCCAGGCUCUACUCCACCUCCAGGCCUUUGACCUUGCUGUUUCCCCUCCCAGUGCACCUUUGCCUGUCUCUUCACACCAUUGAUUUCUUAUGCUUUGAACGUCUGCUUCCCAGUCUCCCCAUUGAUACCUUCUAGAGAACAUGUCACAAUCUGAACUAUUCUCCAUUCACUUGACUGUCAUCUGUCGCUCCUAAGAGAUGGAACCCCACAGGGCUAGGGCAAGUAGGGAUUGCUAUCCUUAGCAUGCCUGGCUGUCAUGCCCCCGUCCACCCUCCACCGGAGGCUAUAACCCAAUGAAUGAACCCAGGUUCUACCACUUUCUAGCAAUGUGACCCACGACAAACUCUAUCACUCCUGAGUCUAUUUCCUCAUCUAUAAAAAGAUGAGGGAUAUGAGUGUGAUGCGAGGUCAGGAGUUCGAGACCAGCCUGGCCAACAUGGUGAAACCCCAUCUCUACUAAAAAUACAAAAAUGUAGCUGGGCGUGUUGAUGCGUGCCUGUAAUCCCAGCUACUCAGGAGGCUGAGGCGGGAGAAUCAAAUGAACCUGGGAGGCGGGGGUUGCAGUGAGCCGCGAUUGCGCCAUUGCACUCCAGCCUGGGCCACAUAGUGAGACUCCAUCUCAAAAAAAAAAGCGUGAUGACCAUGACUUCUCAGUUAUUUUGGAAAUGAAAUAUGGUGGGCUGGGUGCAGUGGCUCAUGCUUGUAAUCCCAGUGCUUUGGGAGGCUGAGGUGAAAGGAUCCCUUGAGGCCAGGAGUUCAAGAUCAGCCUGGGCAACAAAGUGAGACCCCCGUCUCUCCAAAAAAACAAAAACAUUAGCCAGGUGUGGUGGCUUGCACCUGCAAUCUCAGCUACUUGGGAGGCUGAAGCAGGAGGAUUAUUUGAGCCCAGGCAGUGGAGGCUGCAGUGAGCUAUGAUCACAACACUGCACUCCAUCCUAGGUGACAGAGCAACGCCCUCUCUAACAAAAGAACAGAAAUGCAGUGGUGUGAAAACUAGGGCCAGUAGCUGGCACAUAGGAGAUACUCCCAGCAUCCCAGUCCCUGUCUGUCCUCUUGUAGGAGUGUAGGAAGGAUUGGAAGGGGAGGUGGGGAGAGGGGAGUGGCUGAGUGAGAAAAUGCAUUCAGAAUCUUCAGAGUCAGGUGAAAAGCUUUGGCCAUGAUUGGCCUUGGCAUUGGUUGUGCUGGACAGCGGGACCAGGCGCCCCCUUACCUGGCUCCCCCCUCCCAGGAGCCCGGUGAUGCUGCGAAGGCUGUGAACGGGGGAGGCGGCACUGUGGGGGCUGCCGGCAGCCGGGGCUGGGGAGAGACAUGUGGACACGUGGCCUCUAUGGCUCCCGCCUGCCAGAUCCUCCGCUGGGCCCUCGCCCUGGGGCUGGGCCUCAUGUUCGAGGUCACGCACGCCUUCCGGUCUCAAGAUGAGUUCCUGUCCAGUCUGGAGAGCUAUGAGAUCGCCUUCCCCACCCGCGUGGACCACAACGGGGCACUGCUGGCCUUCUCGCCGCCUCCUCCCCGGAGGCAGCGCCGGGGCACGGGGGCCACAGCCGAGUCCCGCCUCUUCUACAAAGUGGCCUCGCCCAGCACCCACUUCCUGCUGAACCUGACCCGCAGCUCCCGUCUACUGGCAGGGCAUGUCUCCGUGGAGUACUGGACACGGGAGGGCCUGGCCUGGCAGAGGGCGGCCCGGCCCCACUGCCUCUACGCUGGUCACCUGCAGGGCCAGGCCAGCAGCUCCCAUGUGGCCAUCAGCACCUGUGGAGGCCUGCACGGCCUGAUUGUGGCAGACGAGGAAGAGUACCUGAUUGAGCCCCUGCACGGUGGGCCCAAGGGUUCUCGGGGCCCGGAGGAAAGUGGACCACAUGUGGUGUACAAGCGUUCCUCUCUGCGUCACCCCCACCUGGACACAGCCUGUGGAGUGAGAGAUGAGAAACCGUGGAAAGGGCGGCCAUGGUGGCUGCGGACCUUGAAGCCACCGCCUGCCAGGCCCCUGGGGAAUGAAACAGAGCGUGGCCAGCCAGGCCUGAAGCGAUCGGUCAGCCGAGAGCGCUACGUGGAGACCCUGGUGGUGGCUGACAAGAUGAUGGUGGCCUAUCACGGGCGCCGGGAUGUGGAGCAGUAUGUCCUGGCCAUCAUGAACAUUGUUGCCAAACUUUUCCAGGACUCGAGUCUGGGAAGCACCGUUAACAUCCUCGUAACUCGCCUCAUCCUGCUCACGGAGGACCAGCCCACUCUGGAGAUCACCCACCAUGCCGGGAAGUCCCUGGACAGCUUCUGUAAGUGGCAGAAAUCCAUCGUGAACCACAGCGGCCAUGGCAAUGCCAUUCCAGAGAACGGUGUGGCUAACCAUGACACAGCAGUGCUCAUCACACGCUAUGACAUCUGCAUCUACAAGAACAAACCCUGCGGCACACUAGGCCUGGCCCCAGUGGGCGGAAUGUGUGAGCGCGAGAGAAGCUGCAGCGUCAAUGAGGACAUUGGCCUGGCCACAGCGUUCACCAUUGCCCACGAGAUCGGGCACACAUUCGGCAUGAACCAUGACGGCGUGGGAAACAGCUGUGGGGCCCGUGGUCAGGACCCAGCCAAGCUCAUGGCUGCCCACAUUACCAUGAAGACCAACCCAUUCGUGUGGUCAUCCUGCAGCCGUGACUACAUCACCAGCUUUCUAGACUCGGGCCUGGGGCUCUGCCUGAACAACCGGCCCCCCAGACAGGACUUUGUGUACCCGACAGUGGCACCGGGCCAAGCCUACGAUGCAGAUGAGCAAUGCCGCUUUCAGCAUGGAGUCAAAUCGCGUCAGUGUAAAUACGGGGAGGUCUGCAGCGAGCUGUGGUGUCUGAGCAAGAGCAACCGGUGCAUCACCAACAGCAUCCCGGCCGCCGAGGGCACGCUGUGCCAGACGCACACCAUCGACAAGGGGUGGUGCUACAAACGGGUCUGUGUCCCCUUUGGGUCGCGCCCAGAGGGUGUGGACGGAGCCUGGGGGCCGUGGACUCCGUGGGGCGACUGCAGCCGGACCUGUGGCGGCGGCGUGUCCUCUUCUAGCCGUCACUGCGACAGCCCCAGGCCAACCAUCGGGGGCAAGUACUGUCUGGGUGAGAGAAGGCGGCACCGCUCCUGCAACACGGAUGACUGUCCCCCUGGCUCCCAGGACUUCAGAGAAGUGCAGUGUUCUGAAUUUGACAGCAUCCCUUUCCGUGGGAAAUUCUACACGUGGAAAACGUACCGGGGAGGGGGCGUGAAGGCCUGCUCGCUCACGUGCCUAGCGGAAGGCUUCAACUUCUACACGGAGAGGGCGGCAGCCGUGGUGGACGGGACACCCUGCCGUCCAGACACGGUGGACAUUUGCGUCAGUGGCGAAUGCAAGCACGUGGGCUGCGACCGAGUCCUGGGCUCCGACCUGCGGGAGGACAAGUGCCGAGUGUGUGGCGGUGACGGCAGUGCCUGCGAGACAAUCGAGGGCGUCUUCAGCCCAGCCUCACCUGGGGCAGGGUACGAGGAUGUCGUCUGGAUUCCCAAAGGCUCCGUCCACAUCUUCAUCCAGGAUCUGAACCUCUCUCUCAGUCACUUGGCCCUGAAGGGAGACCAGGAGUCCCUGCUGCUGGAGGGGCUGCCCGGGACCCCCCAGCCCCACCGUCUGCCUCUAGCUGGGACCACCUUUCAGCUGCGACAGGGGCCAGACCAGGUCCAGAGCCUCGAAGCCCUGGGACCGAUUAAUGCAUCUCUCAUCGUCAUGGUGCUGGCCCAGACUGAGCUGCCUGCCCUCCGCUACCGCUUCAAUGCCCCCAUCGCCCGUGACUCGCUGCCCCCCUACUCCUGGCACUAUGCGCCCUGGACCAAGUGCUCGGCCCAGUGUGCAGGCGGUAGCCAGGUGCAGGCGGUGGAGUGCCGCAACCAGCUGGACAGCUCCGCGGUCGCCCCCCACUACUGCAGUGCCCACAGCAAGCUGCCCAAAAGGCAGCGCGCCUGCAACACGGAGCCUUGCCCGCCAGACUGGGUUGUAGGGAACUGGUCGCUCUGCAGCCGCAGCUGCGAUGCAGGCGUGCGCAGCCGCUCGGUCGUGUGCCAGCGCCGCGUCUCUGCCGCGGAGGAGAAGGCGCUGGACGACAGCGCAUGCCCGCAGCCGCGCCCACCUGUACUGGAGGCCUGCCACGGCCCCACUUGCCCUCCGGAGUGGGCGGCCCUCGACUGGUCUGAGUGCACCCCCAGCUGCGGGCCGGGCCUCCGCCACCGCGUGGUCCUUUGCAAGAGCGCAGACCACCGCGCCACGCUGCCCCCGGCGCACUGCUCACCCGCCGCCAAGCCACCGGCCACCAUGCGCUGCAACUUGCGCCGCUGCCCCCCGGCCCGCUGGGUGGCUGGCGAGUGGGGUGAGUGCUCUGCACAGUGCGGCGUCGGGCAGCGGCAGCGCUCGGUGCGCUGCACCAGCCACACGGGCCAGGCGUCGCACGAGUGCACGGAGGCCCUGCGGCCGCCCACCACGCAGCAGUGUGAGGCCAAGUGCGACAGCCCAACCCCCGGGGACGGCCCUGAAGAGUGCAAGGAUGUGAACAAGGUCGCCUACUGCCCCCUGGUGCUCAAAUUUCAGUUCUGCAGCCGAGCCUACUUCCGCCAGAUGUGCUGCAAAACCUGCCAGGGCCACUAGGGAGCGCGCGGCACCCGGAGCCACAGCUGGCGGGGUCUCCGCCGCCAGCCCUGCAGCGGGCCGGCCAGAGGGGGCCCCGGGGGGGCGGGAACUGGGAGGGAAGGGUGAGACGGAGCCGGAAGUUAUUUAUUGGGAACCCCUGCAGGGCCCUGGCUGGGGGAUGGAGAGGGGCUGGCUAUCCCCCCAGAGCCCCUCUUCAGCAUCCCCCCCUUCCAGUUCACAUAGUGAGACCCCCCCUCCAGGGUGGGUCUGGGGAGGGGACAGCUGUUCACCCCAGCACCCUUUGAACCCACCCUUAGGGAGUCCCCAACACUCCCCCCCUCCUUUGAUCGGAAUAUGUACUGUGAAGAGUAGGGGUGGGGAGGUGGUCUGCCGGUGCCCUGCCCCCCAGCACUGCCCUACCCCUCCACUCCGAGCUGGGGGGGAGUCUGUGUCUGCUAUGGGAGGGGGGGGGUAGCACCACCUCCCUGACACCCUCCCCUGACCUGACUAGGGGGAGGAUCCACCCCAACCUCUGCCCUGCCUGCCCUAGGGGCACCCCGACAUCCAGGCCACCCCCUCAUGGUGCUACAGACCCUGCCCUGGGGCCCACACACUCCUGCCAGGAAGCCCUACAUCAAUAAAGUUCUGUCUUGUGUAGAUUUCUACGAA